UCAGCUGGAAAUCUGUGGUGAAGCCAUAUGCAGCUAGCUAGACGUUCGAGAUAGAAAACGAAAAAUCAGUCGGAUUUUUCGUUGUCUGAUUUUUCAUUUUCCGUAGAAUCGAAGCUCUGCUGUGGUCCGAUUUAGUGUAAGAUCAACCGAAACGGAAGUAAUCAAUUCGAAAAUUGUUUAGAACAAUUUAAACAGAAGUGUCUCGCAAAAAAUGAAUCAUCCAAUUAGUGAAAAAGUGAUUGAAAAUUUUGAAUGGCCAUGUAAUCGUGAAGGGAAUCCAUGAAUUCGUUUACCAGUUAAUCAAUUCUAAUUGAAAAAAAUCUUAUCGUCAGUGAUAAACCGAAAAUAAUUCCCCAUUCCAGUUGGAAACAGUUUAGUGACCGGUUCAGUCCAGUAGAUAAUCCAGCUUAUCCAAAACAACUUUUUCGGAUGGCCCCAAAUCCUUCGCACCAACUUAUCAACAGCGACACCAAUGAUGGAUCAACUGAAUGGAAGUGUUGGAAUCAGUAAACACCGGGCCGAGUUGUUGAUUAGAUAUUCCGAAUCUGAGGCGUAAUUUGGAACUCGAUCGAAACCCCGACGACCGACCGUUGCGGAUUGCUGAUAAUGGCGCGGGAUGGAAUUGGCACUAUCACCAAGUUUGCCGGACCCCGGAUGCUACCGUUCUUCGUCACGGUGGCCCUCUACUUCUCUCUCAUCGGACAAACCCAACGACGAACCGUCGUAUCGACGGUACUUAAAUGUCUCCCAAUCGUAAGCCUGUGGGCGUUUGUGGUACUCACCGGCUUUCUCUUCAAACGCAGCCACCGCUACAAACACCUGAUUCUGCUGGGGCUCGUGAUCUCCUGCCUGGGAGAUCUGCUGCUGAACUAUGACCUCUUCGAGGCCGGCAUGGGUGGCUUUGCGGUGGCUCAGAUCUUCUACAUAUCAGCCUUCGGGUUCCGUCCGCUUCGAGCCUGGAUCGGAAUUCCGCUGUUCUGUUUCGGAGUGGCCGCCGUAGCUCUGAUGUUCGAAAACCUCCCAACCAUCAUCAAGAUAUGUCUUCCAGUUUAUGGAGUGUUACUGGUGACCAUGUGCUGGCGAUCCCUAGCCCGGAUCAACUGUCCUAAGAAUGUUCUGCGGACACUCUGCGGAAUUGGGAGCAUCCUGUUCGUGAUCUCCGACAGUAUUAUCGCCUUUGACAAGUUCUACAAUCCAAUCGAGAACGCCCAAACCGCGAUUAUGGUGACCUACUACGUGGCCCAGUUUGCCAUCGCACUGAGUGUGCUCGAGUCCACCGAAACGGAAUCCAAGAAGUCCCAAACUGCCAACAAGCUGUCCUCUUCCGUGCCCAAACCACAAAACGGUAUGAAGAAGUCUAGAAAGGUCGUUUAAUAGUCGGCCUUCAAAUUGCAUCCUGGUUCCAUCAGUCGGAAAUCGACAAACACCGCCAUCUGUUGGGAUGUCCUUGAACUGGGCCACACAAACACAAACAUACACGUAGAGAAACAUACUGAUAUUCAGACACGCACACCGACAAAUUCAUGGUGUUCUGUAAAAUUGUUCCGAAGGGUCAAACCCGUCAAAUAUCCACCAAUCAUAAACGCCUGGACUUGUAAACAUAACCUUUACAUUUUUCAACGAUUCUUAACCUAAAUCAAAACAAACGAUCUUAACCGUCAUUUUAGAUGCCGAAGUAGGCGAAAUUGGUCAAAGUUAGAAAACUGAAGAAAAAAAAAACAAUGCAAUUAGACGAAAUUUAAGAGAAACAAAAACUAAAAAGUGCGAUAUCAUCGAGAGAGACUGUGAUCUGUAUCUUCCCAGUGAGUCGUGUUUUCGAGGAUCAAACACGACGCAACACCACACGAUCAUUCGGAGUGACAACUGUUAUUUGAUAACAACAAACGUUUUAUUUAAAAAAAAAAAACAAAAAAAAAUGUAAUCGUCUUUCGAAAAGACGAUUUUUACGAAACUAACCAUCACACGUAUGUAUGCAUGUUUAUCUAGUUCAAACUAUGUAGUUGAAACAGAACAAAAAUAUUAUAGAAGAACUCUACCGUUGACGUUACUCGACAAAUAAUUCAUAGGUUAAAUAUUUAAUUGUAUCAACCAUAUUCUAUUUAGGAGAAGAAACCAUCUAAACCUGCGGUAGACUACAAGAGACUGUGUAAAUUGUUUUAGACUUUUAAAAAUAAACGUACCAUGUCAAAUAAAUCGAUUCAAUUGUUCCUGA